AUGCAACUGGAUAUGUUGAUUAUUUUUUGUCUAAUCUGCUAUACAACCGCUAAAAAGUUACCAGAUAUUCAUUGGAGUUCUUCGAAUUCACCACAAGAACGUUAUGCUGCCAUUGGUGAUUCACUCGAUAUUCUUUGCCCCAAUUUCGAUACCGAAACUUCUGAUGAGGAUACUGAGCAAACAAUCGUCUACAGAGUUCCCAAGUUUGACUAUGAGAAGUGCCGAUUGAGCUCCAAGGCUGAGCUGCUGGCCAGAUGUGCGAAUCCCAGAAAACAUCAGAAGUGGACUGUGUCUUUCCGACAAUUCAACCCCAAUCCAUCUGCUUUGGAUUAUCAUCCAGGAACUACAUAUUACUUCAUUUCAACUUCAACUGGAUCUGCUCGUGGACUUGAAAAUGAUAUCGGAGGAUUGUGUGCAAGCCAUAAUUUGAAGAUGGUCAUCCAUGUUACUGACAAAAACGGAGAUAUUUCACAUCAUCGUCAUCGUCACCAUCAUCAUCAGAAAUUAGUUCCGACUACUACUGUGCCACCAACUACUACCACCCUUCCCACUACAACUGAUGGAAUCCCGGAUAUUGCUUUCUGGCAAAACAAGGAAGCUCUUUGGGGACAAUAUUAUGAGAAGGUUGUCAAUGACAAUUGGCCAAUUCGCGAUCCUAUUCGUGCCGAACGUGUUCACUUGGACGAAGGAAAUGAGAAGGAUCGUUAUCCUGUCUUCAAUAAUGAUGCCAUUGACUAUCAAAUCCAUGAAAUUGGUGAUAGUGAAACUCUGAUCUCAUCAUCGAGAUCUUCAAAUGGAAUUUUAACAUCAAUCCUCUUACUGAUCAGUUUAGCCAUUGUUAGGCUGUAG